GCGCUUCCAACCAUAAUACAACGGACCGCGAAAGGUACAACACGUGUGACAGUUGAAAAGUGAGUGCGGCUUAAUUAGUUCCAAGUGACAUAGUGAAGUGAAAAGAGGACAAUGGCUAGGUUUUUGAUGUUAUUGAUAGUGGUGGUGAUUGUGGAUGCGUAUAACCACCACCCGAAGUUCCCGAAGUCUGUCGCCUCCGGAGAUAGUGAAGUGCAGCGGGGCGUGAAGAUAGUUGACUGCAACGGCACUCAUGAUAAAUUAAGGAAUGAUCUGAUUGUGAAAUCAAGUUGUGGUGAACCCAAAGAAGUCUUUGAAAAACUUACUGUGGCUGGUUCCUUUUUACAGGUGACGCCGAGCCACGUCUGGGUCAAGAGGUGUGUCGGACUCUGUAGCUAUGGACCCACAGGAUCACAAUGCACGGCCACGAAAACCAGAAAAGAACACAUUCCUGUUCGAAUAUUUGACCUUAAGACGAAACGAGAAAGCUGCUCGACAUAUGAGAUGGUGGUGCAUGAGUCUUGCGGCUGUUGCGUCUCUGGCGCAAAGGAUUGUUCAGCGCCAAAGAUAUUCAACCCUCGUAAGUGCUCCUGUCAGUGCCCCAACAUGAACGAAAGGAGGAAUUGUCUCAAAAAGAGAAAUAUGAAUAUGAGAUGGAAUAGGUCCAAAUGUGCUUGUGAGCCGCGAAAAAGAGUGAACAAUUGGUGAUUGAACAUUACUUAUCUAUUAGUGACAUUGUCGCACUGUACGACUGAUAACACGGUGCGAUAAUCUUUGGGACAUCUCUGCUUGAAUCUAUCAGAAUCUGGAAGAAUUGCAUACCGUGGAUGCGUGAUUUCCUUGCUAGUAAGAAAAUGUUCGAAAG